AACGCCAAAUUGAUUAGACUCAGCCACCCAGUAUCGCGGAUUUGUUUGUCUGUGGAUUGUAUUGAUGGAAAUGAAAGGAAAUAUGAUUUUAGCAACGUGAUGUUGAGUGACGAUGAAUGAUGAAUCUGCUGUCGAUCGAACAAAGCAAUGGAAGCAAUAGAAAAACGAAACAUCAAAAUGAAAUUCGCUACGCAAUUAAUAAAGUAAUACAUUUUGCAUUGGUCACAAAGAAGCGAUAUAGAUAUCGAGGCGCAAUUUUAUCGAGGAAAAAAAAAACAAAACAGCAGAAAUACGCUUCGUUCGCUUUAGGUAGCAAAAUCAGAAAAUGGUGGACAAUUUGCUGCACCGAAUAACGAAAGCUCUGAAACAUGAUUAUAGAUGAUAAUCAAAAAUCCUUUACCACUGAAGUCAUUUGGGUGCCAGAUGCAAUAUGGCUACUAAUCGCAUCGUGCAACAAAAAUCAAAAUUGUAAAAGAGGUCAGAUUGCAGAAAGUGUGUUUCCACUUCUCUUUUCGACCGAAUGAAAUGCACACACACCACCUCUCUCUAUCUGCCGGCCUCCCUGGUGGUUGAGCACACGUUGGUGUGCUAAAUUUCAUACGCUUGACUCAUGCAACAGCAGUGCGAAAUGUAUUUAGCCAAGAUAAAGUUAGUUUUACGACAGUCGAUGAGGGUUUUAAGCUAGCCUGCUUUAUGUUUUAAGCAGAAAUUGAUUUUCUAUAUGCUGUCGAAUACCGCCGCUGCUGGGUAGCAGAUAGCAGCAGAGCCCGUAGCAGCUGCGAGAGCGCCCUACUAUUCUUCCAAAGAUCGUAACGGGGAGAUAAAAAGCAUAACUAGUAUUGGAAGUUUUAAGGAUUUCAGCAAUAUGUUGGCCAAUGUAUCGAAUAUGGAUUGUUUUCGCAGCAAAUAUUAAGAAAUGAACAACAAACGGAAAUUCAAAAAAUAUACUUUAUCCAAGAACAUACUCUCGGUUCAGUUUGGUUGAGAAGUGCGCAUAAGAAGCGUGAAGAAGCAUAUGGUAGUAGUGUAAGUUGAGUACUGAAAAUACCCUUGUUGAUUGAAGGAUUUGAGUAGAAACCAGGAAGUAAGGUGGUUAAACAGUGUUUAAUAUACGAGCGACGAGAUCAAUGAAUCACAAUGCUUAUUGCAUACGCCGGAAGGUAAAAACCGCCGAAUCGUUGUUUACGAGUGUGUUAAGUAGCAAAUUUUAAACCAUAUUUUCUAUUUUCUACUGCACACUGUUCCGAAAAGACGCCAGUUUUAUAACCUUCCCUAAACAACUGAUUGUUUGACCACUUUCUUCCAAGAGAUCAAGGUGAAGAAUAAGAAGGGUUAAAAAUAAAGCGAGUGAGCAAUUGAAUUAGUAGGCAUAUUUUAGUGCUUUAUCGUGUGCGUGUGUGUGCGUGUGGUUGUGUUGUGUGCUUGCAGCAUAGCAACAUCGAAUGAAAAGCAGCCCUUGGUAGAGAGUGCGUGUUCGUGCGAGUUAUUCUGUUGAACCUAACAGCUAGUAAGCUGCGAGAGCAGACAGGUCAAGGUUGUUUUUGUGGGGUUUUUAAGAAAAGCAACUUCAACAGAAGGUCGGUCAGGUGGGUGCGCUUGUAGAGAGUGUGCGGAACGAUUUUAGUGGCUUUAUUGUCGUUUUACCAUUCUUCGUUCCCCGUUUUACGCUACACCGGACACAAGGCGACAAACAAAAAAGAAUCAGUUGUCAAUCUAUUGACGGGCAGUUGCACUCAUGGCUUUUUGGUUCAGUAGAAAACGAUAAGAACAGGUGAACCAGGUUAACAUAUACGAUCUUUGCGCAGCGCCGAGGGUCCAGAGGCGCUCGGUAGUCCAGAGAUACACAUACACGAGUGCUAAAUCGGAACGAACUAUGAACUAUUUAUUAAGAAGUUGAGAAUACAUCGGAUAGCCAGGGGAGAAAUUAGAAACAAUUAAAUAUUAUAUAUUAUUUGCAAACUGAUGAUGAAUAAAAACAUAUUGACGAGUA